AUGUUCACUGGUAUCGUAGAACACAUUGGCACCAUUAUUGAUAUUGUUGAACUUGAUACUACCGCUUCGGGUGGAGGAGGUUGGAGUGUAACUAUAGGUGAAGCAGAACAUGUGUUAACAGAUUGUCAUAUAGGCGAUAGCAUAGCUGUAAAUGGGACAUGUCUGACUGUAACGGAAUUCGAUAAAUCUUCAUUCAAAGUUGGCCUUGCUCCUGAAACUUUACGACGAUCUAAUCUUGGUGAUUUGAAAAUUGGAGAUAAAGUAAAUUUAGAGCGUGCAGUUUCAGCUGUUAUAAGAUUCGGUGGACAUUUCGUACAAGGUCAUGUAGAUUUAACAGCAACAAUUACAUCCAUAACCCCAGAAUCUAAUUCACUCUGGUUCAAAUUCACAUUAGCCGAUCCUUCCUAUCUUCGUUACAUCAUCCAAAAAGGUUACAUUACAAUAGACGGGACUUCGUUGACAGUAUGCGAAGUAAACGAUAAAGAAGCAUGGUUUACAAUCAUGUUGGUUGCACACACGCAAGCACAUGUUACGAUCCCGACAAAAAAAAUUGGAGAUAAGGUAAAUAUCGAGGUGGACAUGUUAGGUAAAUAUGUGGAACGGAUUCUCGAACCGCUAAUAAAAGGUGAUGGCAAUGGUGUUGGUGGAUAUUUGGAAAAGUGUGUGAAAAACUAUUUAAGUGAUAAAUAG